AUGAGUCUCUUCCCUCUCUCUAUUAUGAAAGGCUCUCAAUUUCAUCAUCAACCCAAACCCAUGAACGCAUCACUAUCGUCGGAUGAAAGAGGCAAACGGAUCCUCAUCGAUCCUGACCGGAUCAGCAAACUCCCAGACAAGGUGUUGGUCAAGAUCCUAGCGACUAUGAGCACAGAAGAUGUCAUCAAGACAAGUGCGUUGUCUAAACGUUGGAAGAGUGUAUGGAAGCAGGUGCCUUUCCUCCACUUCGAUAUGCUCGUUGACAUAAACAAGACACCUCUGGCUCCGGAAUCUAUAACCCAGGUUAUAAACCGUCACAAUGGUAAGUUGGAGGGCUGCUCAAUCAUUCAUUACGCCCAACUAUGUCAAGACAGUUUGCUGGGAACUGACAGUGUGCUGGAAACUUGGAUCGAAUUACUUACUCUUAAGAAACAAACCAAAGCUAUCGCACUUUCCAACCGUCAUGGAAACGGUACGGAAACUAAUCGGCUUCUGUUGUCUGUAAACCUAUUCUCCCAUCCAAGGCUCAAAACAGUGUUCCUAUAUCGAUACAAUUUAAAAACUGCAAAUGCCUUCAACAACUGCUAUAACCUCAAGAUUCUCAAACUUGAGAAAAUCUAUGCUGAGGUUAAUGUGUUCAACAGAAUUAUUGCAUCGUGCCCUUCUCUCAAGGUUUUGGUGCUCCACCGUGUCGUGUGGCGCAUUAAGAAGGCUUGCUUGAAGAUUCACAGCAACAGCCUUAAGCUCUUGCAUGUGUCUUGCACUGGUGUUGAUUCCAUUGAGGUGUAUGCGCUUCUUCUAGAUAUUUUCUCGAUUUAUUGCACUGCUAGGGAAUCUAACUUCGUCAUCAAGUCCCCAAGACUUUUGCUCAAUAAUGGCCCUUUAGACUUGGCGGAAUUUAACAUGCGCUACAACAUUUCACGUCAAGCUCAGGAGAGAAAAUGCAUUGCGCAUGAGUUCGUGAUUAGUAGAGAUGCUAACUAUUUGAAGCGGCUUAGAUCUUUGUCGGUGUUCGUGAAUCUAAUGAAUUCGAAACAAGUUGAGCUGUUUCGUCAGAUAUUGGUAGCAUGGAAUGGAAUUCUUGGGAACCUCAAUAUAUUAUUUGAGGAAGAAGGUGAAUCUUCCAUUGGUGGAACACAGAAUAAAAAGUGGGAGGAGGGAAAAGUGUUUCCCAAUGCUGAUUUCCGUGUGGAAACUGUGUGUAUGCUUAAUUUCAGCGGUUCGAAUAAGGCUCAGUUUGCAUUAGCUUCACGGUUUAUAACGCAAGGGACCGUAACGAAGAAGAUGAUGUUCAUGACGUCUUCGUUUCCUAAAGAGGUGAAGUUAAAUACAGAAGCGGCAGUCGCUAAACUAAUGAAACUUCCAAAGGGUAACGAGAAUCUCAAUUUUGGAUACUUCUGAUGAAAUUGGGUUCGAAUC